GUACAUCAAUUUCCCUCUUUAAUCCCUUCUUUAGUAUUUUUACUUUUUCCCCCUCUCAUAUAAACCCAAAAUAUCCAAACGCAUCGCUGUUUGUCUUUUUCUUGCAAAAAUAUUGAAUCCAUAGCAAUUUCUCGACUUCGCUCAAUCUCUGCUAGCCUCUUCUUCACAGGAUGGGGAAAUCAGAGGCAGAUGAGAAGAUUCUCAGUUACAAUGAUGUGGUGCUUAGACGAUCUGAUCUAGACAUCCUCAGCGGUCCAUAUUUUUUGAACGAUCGAAUUAUCGAGUUUUAUCUCAGCUAUCUUUCCUCAGGCCAUCCUUCUCAGGAUAUCCUGCUGGUUCCACCAUCUAUCGCCUUUUGGAUAAUCCAAUGUCCUGUUGCUGAGGCUAUGAGAGAUUUCUUAGAUCCCCUUCAUUUGUCUGAUAAGGCACUAGUUUUAUUUCCCAUCAAUGACAAUGACAACGUUAGCAUGGCUGAAGGUGGAUCCCAUUGGAGCUUACUUGCAUACUACCGCAAUGCGAAUCUAUUUGUUCACCAUGAUAGCUGCAGAAGCAUGAACGCAUCACCUGCGAAGAAACUCUACAAAGCUGUUGUUGGAUACAUGGGAUUAUCUGAAUCGGGAUCUAAGGCCCGCUAUCUUGAAUGCACUGAUUCACCUAGGCAGAAGAAUGGUUAUGAUUGUGGCUUAUAUGUCACAGCCAUAGCAGGAGUGAUAUGCGACUGGCAUGUAAAUAGCAAUAAAACUGAUGCAAAUGAUCUGUGGUUCUCUGCUGUGAAGGAACAGGUUACUCCAUCUGCUGUUUCCUGCAUGCGAAGCGACAUCCUGGCCUUGAUCAGAGAUCUAAUGGCAAGGCAUUCCGAACAUGCGAAGUGUGAAUAAAAACUGGUUUCCACUAAUUCGAUUUUUAAGUGUUUUUGAACCUUCAUUUACCCAGUUGCUGCUUAAGCAAAUUUUAUCUUAGUAUAUUGUUGAUUGUCAGGAAGUAAAUACAUAGGUCAAAAUAUAUUUUGGGAUUUUUUUGGAACUGUGUAUGAAAUUAGAUUUUCAUUACCCCCCUUGAACGUAGGGACAAGCUUUCUCUGCUACAAUGUGAUUGAAGGUUCUUUUCUCAUGUGUGUUGAUAUGUUUUUUCAAUCAUAAAGUGAAUAGUAUGAUUACAUUUUUAUCUGC